AUGAGAGACAAUGUAAAACACCAUCAAGCUCAGACAACAUGCUGGGACCAUCCAAAGAUGACAGAACUGUACCAAGCCCUCGCGGAUCUGAACAACAUCAAGUUCUCAGCAUACAGAACAGCCAUGAAGCUGCGACGGGUUCAGAAGGCUCUGAGAUUGGAUUUAGUAGCGCUGAGCAGCCUUGUGGAGGUGUUUCGGGAGCAGGAGCUACAGCAGGGGGAGCACGUGAUGGACGUGGUGGAGGUGAUUCACGGUCUGACGGCUCUGUACGAGAGGCUGGAGGAGGAGAGGUCCAUCCUGGUCAACAUUCCACUUUGCGUUGACAUGUGUCUCAACUGGCUGCUCAACGUGUACGACAGUGCUCGAAACGGCAAAAUGCGAGUGCUCAGCUUCAAGAUGGGAUUGGUGAGCUUGUGCAAUGCAGACGUCCAGGAGAAGUACAAAUACUUAUUCCGUCAGGUGUCUGGUCCAGGAGGUUUGACAGACCAGCGUCACCUCAGCCUGCUGCUCCACGAAGCCAUCCAGAUCCCCCGCCAGCUGGGUGAAGUUGCUGCUUUCGGGGGCAGCAAUGUGGAGCCGAGUGUCCGGAGCUGCUUCCGCAUGGCCCCAGGGAAACCUGCCAUUGAGGUGUCUCACUUCUUGGAGUGGAUGAGCCUCGAGCCCCAGUCGAUGGUUUGGCUGCCUGUCCUCCACCGUGUGGCUGCCGCAGAGUCGACCAAACACCAAGCCAAAUGCUACGUCUGCAAACAGUGUCCCAUCAAGGGCUUCAGGUAUCGCAGUCUGAAGCAGUUCAAUGUGGACAUCUGCCAGACAUGUUUUCUAACCGGCCGUACUACUAAGGGAAAGAAGCUGCACUACCCCAUCAUGGAGUACUACACCCCAACAACCUCGGGAGAGAAGAUGAGGGACUUUGCCAAGACUCUGAAGAAUAAGUUCAGGUCGAAGCAGUACUUCACCAAGCAUCCUCAGAGGGGUUACCUGCCUGUGCAGUCUGUGCUGGAAGCUGAGAGCUCGGAGACGUGA